GAAGAAGAAGAAGUGGGGAAACAGAAGAAGACACGUGAUUCGCGCUAACUGGUAGCAAGAUGGCGGUGGUGGUGCGGAGCUUGCAAGACCAGCUCGAAAAAGCCAAGGAAAGCUUAAAGAACGUGGACGAUAAUAUCCGUAAACUGACCGGACGUGAUCCUAAUGAAUCGAGACCGGGUCAGAUCCGCAGACCCGGCGGCCCCAUGGCAGGCCCCGGUGGAGGUAGAGGCAGAGGAGUCAACCUGCUCAGGCGUAGUCUCUCAGACAUUGGAAGCGGCGGCCCCCCUGCCAAGCACAGGGACAUCGAAGGAGCCCUGCUGAGGCUGGCGGGGGACCAGAGGGCCAAGAGAGACGCGCGUCACGACAGCGACGCCGAGGAUGAUGACGAUGUCAAAAAGCCGGCGUUGCAGUCGUCUGUAGUAGCUACCUCCAAAGAGAGAACACGCCGAGACCUCAUUCAAGAUCAAACCAUGGAUGAGAAGGGCAAACAGAGGAAUCGGCGUAUGUUCGGCCUGCUGAUGGGGACUCUGCAAAAGUUCAAACAGGAGUCCAACGUGUCUACAGAGAAGCAAAAGCGACGUACAGAAAUCGAGCAGAAGCUCGAGGUUCAGGCUGAGACUGAGAGGAAGAAGGUGGAGACUGAAAAGAGGGAGCUGUUUGAGGAGAGGAGAGCUAAACAGACUGAGCUGAGACUGCUGGAGCAGAAAGUGGAAUUAGCUCAGCUGCAAGAGGAGUGGACCAGCCACAAUAACCGUCUGGUGAAAUACAUUCGCACCAAGACCAAGCCUCAUAUCUUCUAUUUGCCUGGAAAAAUGUGCUCCGCCACACAGAAACUCCUCGACGACUCCACAAAGAAACUAAAUGCUGUGUUUGAGGAGAGGUGCGAGGCUUUUGCCGAACACCUCAGCAAGAUGGAGUCCCGCCCCCGGCGACAGCCAAACCGCGACCAGGACGGCAACACGGCAGCAACCGGGAUGGACCACCCGGCGGAGGGUAAGCCCGCAGGUCAGGUAGUCAAGGUGACAGGUAACAAGGGGGGUAUAGAGAUGGAGGAAGAGGAGGAGGAAGAUGACGAGGAGCAGGAGGAGAGGGAAAAGGAGGGGGAUAGAAAGGUGGUAGUAGAGAAAGACAAGGGGCAGGAGAGGGAGGAAGAGGAGAAGGAAGUGUUGAAGAAGGUCGUGGAGGAAGAGGAGGAGGGGAUGGAGCUGAGUGAGGAGGGGAGCAAGGUGAAGAAGGCAGGAGAGGAGGGGGUAAAAGACAGAGAGGACAGGGUGGAGAAAGGAGAGAAGGAGGCCAGUCCAGGGUCAGAGGAGAUGGAGAUGGAGGUGGGGGGUGGGACAGAGCAGAAGGACAUGAGUAAGGGAGAGCAGGUUGAAACAGGCAGCGAACAGGCGCCCGCAGACCUCAAAAACGAAAAGAUGCAGGACGGCCAGUCCUCCGAAGCAAGCGCGACCAGCCAAGAACCACCAAACACCAGUCACCUGCCCCAGCUCAGCCUCAUCGCAGGGGAACCGGCAGUUAAGUCCUCCGGGGCUCUGGGGUUGGAGAUGAUCCCUGGGUCUCAAAAAGCCCCCACAGUGCCUGGGCAGGAUGUCCUCAUCUCUGGCCUUGGGGGCCAGGCCUCAGCCUUGGAGAACCCGGCUGUGGAAGGCAAACCAGCGGGCGAAGCCCCCCAAAAACUGCCCGACACUCAGGAGGCCCCCGGCAUUCCCCCCGCACCCUCUAAGGAGGAAGAGAACGGCGGUAGAGGGAGGAAGAAGGACAAGGAGUCGAAAAAGGGGCGCAGCAACAGCUCCUCCUCUUCCUCCUCCGGCUCCUCCUCCAGCGGAAGUUCGUCCUCUUCCUCCGGAUCCAGCCGCUCCUCGUCGUCGUCGUCAUCCUCUUCCUCCUCGUCGUCCAACAGCAGCAGCCGAAGUCGCAGCCGAGACGGCGGCAAGCGCAAGAGGAGGCCGUCAGACAGGGGCAGGAAGAAAGGCGAGGAGAGAAGCCACCGCAAGAGAGGAGGGAGUAGCGGAGGUGGGAGGGACUCGAAGGGAUCGAAGGAGAGGAGGAAGAGGAGGAGCGAGGAAGGGAGGGGCAGGUCGUCCCGGGGCGAUAGGGAGCAUAAAGAUAGAGACAGGAAGGACAAGAGGCGCUAAUCUGGUUCUUAUUUCAUGGUAAACGCAGGAAAACACUUAAUGACCCAUGAUGAGAAAAAGUUUUUAAACUAGCGUUUGUUUUUUUUCUUGAAAAGCUACAAAAAAAACCUGUAGACAUUUUAAUGAUUUCUUUCCUCAGUGUAGGGAUUUAUAAAUGGAUGUCUAAUCUGAAAUGAAACAGUGGACGACUGCUUGUAAUUUUCCUCCCAUCCUUUACUUGGCAAAAGAAAUGUUAACUGGACUCUUCAGUCACAGUAACUCCCUCACCUCUCUCUGAUCACACAUCUUACUAAACAGGUUUGAGACCUCAUUUUAGUCCCGUCAUUUUAAAUCCAAAUGGUUCAUCUUCGGCCCCACAGUUGGGUUUUAGAAAGGUUUUUGUGGCACUAUGAAAUAGUGUUGAAUGUUUUUUGUUGACCGUUUUUCAAACUAAUGGUAAUGCUAUAGGCUGUGGGCGUUGUGGUUGGUGACCAUUUAAUGUACAGUAGUUGUUUUCAAACUGAUGUGACAACACUGUUGAUCCUCAUGUAUUUCCACCAUUCGAUCAAUGUCAUGGUCUUCGUAUCGUCGUGUGGGUACAUGUGAUUUGUUCAAAUUGGGUUUUUUUUUCUCUUUUGUACCAACUGAUACAAACUGCUUCAAAUUAAAGGUGAGGUAUUAGUGUAAA